UUUCCUUCUGUUGCCUCACUUGAAUUACACAUCAAUAAGAUGCAUCCAGGUACUGAUACACCAUUCUACAAGUUGAAUCAGCUGCAGGACAACAAAAUACGCUGUGAUAUUUGUGGAGCUGCUUUCCGCAAUAGUCGUGACCUCGAUAUGCACAGAUAUGCUGCUCAUGACACAGUUGUCGGAUUUCAGGACCUCACUUUUGUUGACUUCUCCAGCUCAAAAUUUCCACAUAUUGCCCGUGCUGUGUGUGAACAAUCCCUGCACCGGCCAUCGAAAGCAACAUGUCCGAGAUUCCAGUGCCUCCACUGUCACCGAUCCUUCCCCUGCGAUAGUGCUCUUAAGAUUCAUAUACAUGCUGGCUGUGGCUUGGCAGCGACGACUUCUUCAGAUAGUGCUGAAAGUGAUGGUCCUACUGAUCUCAGUUGUCACUCAGGAAGGCGGCAAGUCUCUCCAUCAGAAUCAGAAGAUGAAACACCUGAAGAAAAGAAGAGGCAUGAUUUCUUUUCAUGCCUUGAUCUCCGUAAUAAAGUAUCAUCUCAGGUGCCUUAUGAAACACCUUCACCGGGACCUCAGUUCAAGGAAGACAGUUUGGAGCAACCUUCUGACUUUUCAAACUUUGAUCAGUCACCACAAAUGGGCACUAGAGAUUUGGCAGAUAUUCAGAGCAUGAUCUCUGUAACAUCAGUUGGUGGGAUAUUGCCAGAGCUCUCCAAAUCCCCAUCUCCUCCUCCUCCUCCUUCAUCAUGCCAUAGUGCCAGUGGUGAUCUCACACCUCCAGAUUCAGCUGUCAAAGAAGAGGAACAACAAGAUCUAUUUGCUGCAGAGUUUCGACGCAUGAAGUUGCGUGGGGAAUUCCCGUGUCGACUGUGUGAUGCAGUUUUUCCAAAUUUACGAGCACUCAAAGGUCACAGCAGAGCACAUUUGUCAGCAGGAUGCUGCAAUGUGUGUCCGUUCACCCACUCUGAUCGCACUAUUCUUCUGCGGCAUAUGCGAUCUCACAAUGGAGACCGCCCUUAUGAAUGUGCUCUAUGCAACUAUGCUUUCACAACCAAGGCCAAUUGUGAGAGGCAUCUGAGAAAUCGCCAUUCCAAACUGUCUCGUGAUGAUGUGAAAAAAUCUAUUAUUUAUCAUCCUUCUGAGGAUCCUACAAAUGAUCCAGAGCUGCAGGGGAAGAUAACAACAAAAUUAGAUGUAAAGAGGAGUCUUGUAUUUGCAUCUGGCUCAUCAGAAGAAUACAGCACUGGACAUCUUCUGAGUACAGCAUUGUCACAUUCCAGACCUGAUAUCACCAAAGAGACCACUGAGGAAGCGAAACUAGACAUUCCCAUGUCAUUGCAGGAAAGAUUACGGCCCACUGCUACUACUGAUACUACAAACGACAGUGUAAAAACACCAUUACUAAUAGAUAAACCAGACAAGAUAGAGGACCCAACCAUUUCUUGUAACACACUACCACAGGUAUCAGAGGAGAGUCUAAUGUCUGUGACUGUGAAGAAAGAGGAAAAUGAACAUGAACCAGAGGCAGAGGUAGAGGUAGAGCCUGAAGAUGUUCAGCAAAAUAUACAAGACAAAGAAACACUAGUCACUUUCACAAACCAGUUUUCCAGUUUAGUCAGUCAAAGCCAAAGACCUAUAUGUAGCUCAGCUAUCACGUGUGGUGCAACACCAUAUGGUAGAGAUGUAAAUUCACCAUUGGAUCUCAGUAUGGAUGCCUUGGACUUGCGCAAGAAGAAGAAGAAGGAACCCUCACCGUCACCUCCCCCAUGUAAUUCACCAUUUCCUUCAGCAGAUGAUGAUGAUGAAGAUGCUGAAAAGCCUCAGGAUUUAUCCAAAAAGUCUGCUACUCCUGUGUCAUCUAGUCACUACACUGACAAAAUCCGAAAAUCUCUCUUUGGAACACAGGUCAAAGCUGAAAAUCAAGUCCCCUUAGUAAUGAGCAAUAGCCCUGGCUCCAUUUUGGCACAGCAUAUUUUGAACACAGUCAGCAAUCAUGCUUCAAAUCUCCCACCUCAUCUUAACCAGAAUCCUCCACAGUCACCCAAUACAGAUGUUCCUGCAACCAGAUACUUUCCACAGUUUGGUUCACCAUACAUAUCAUCUAUUUUCCCUUAUUUUUUGAUGCCCUCACCUUCUAGACCAAUCUUUCCUCCCACAUCAAAUUUGCAGGAAGUGGAAGAAAUGAAGGAACGUCUGCUGCAAAAGGAAUUAAUUCGUGAAAUACGGCUCACUUGUGGUGGAAAAGUAUUAAGUGCAGUGCCUGGAAAUGAACAGAUUAAUAGACACCCACAAACUUUCCAAGACUCUUCAAAUGAUUUCAGUAGCAGGAAUGCCAGUAUGAAGUUGAAGCAGGAAAUUGACACCAAUGUUCCUGUCCCCGUGGCUGAAAAGGCAGAUAUAAUGCAUCACAUGCCACCAAAACCAGUUACUAUAUCCCGGGACCUACCUGCUGUACCAUCAUCCUCUGUAAAAAUGGUGAUCAAGAAUGGUGUUCUGAUGCCAAAGCAAAAGCAAAGAAGGUACCGCACUGAGAGGCCAUUUGCAUGUGAACACUGUUCAGCACGAUUUACACUCCGUUCAAAUAUGGAGCGACAUAUAAAGCAGCAACACCCUCAAUUAUGGAGUCAGCGACAACGAACAGUGGGAGGACCAGGAAGGAGGCCACAACCACCUCCGAAUGUUACCUGCACUGAUAUGCAAGAUGUGCCCCAUCUUCUCACUAUUCCACGACCAGUUACAGAGGUUCUGAAGGAGCAGCAACGGUCUACAUCCAGCAACAACUGCACAAUCUUCAACAGUAGCAGUGUUACUUCCACUGCUGCCGUCACUCCCACCACUAGCAUAAAUAUUGCAGCAACAGCAGUGGUGACUACCACAGGCACUACAGUUGUUACUCCAGCCACUUCCAUGAGGAAUGAAGAUAACAGUCACAACACUAAUAAUUGUGGUUCAAAGACUUACAUCUCAGAUGAAGUGAAACAUGCAAUUGCUCAACAGCUGAAAUCAAAAUUGUCUGUAUCAGCUGAUGAUGCAGAUGAUGAAGCUGAACUGGUCAUUGAUGAGAGUGAGCAGUCCCCGAACCCAACUCCGCAACCUCCAGUUCCUUCUAUUACAGUUGUGUCACCAGAGGAACUGGAAAUGAGAGCAGGAGUAGGCACAGACCUUGCUAGUGUCUCCAGAUUGCUAGAUGCAGCAAAUCAACAAACCCAUGCUUUCCAGCGAUAUUUCAAACUGGAGGACAAUAGUGAGGAAGAUGAGGAUGGCCUUGUUGCUGGAAGCAGUGAUGAGAACAGGUCUGAGACGGAGCUUACACCCCCAUCAGAUGUCAAGAAGAAAAGUGCAUAUUCCCUGGCACCAAAUCGUGUCUCGUGCCCUUACUGCAACCGCAAAUUCCCGUGGUCAUCCUCACUAAGGCGUCAUGUCCUGACCCACACAGGUCAAAAACCAUUUAAAUGCAAACACUGCCCACUGCUUUUCACUACAAAAUCAAACUGUGACCGUCAUUUAUUGCGUAAACAUGGCGGAAGUAGUGGGAGUCAGGCUGUUAAUGCAAGUGCAGUUGGGAGCGCAAGCAGCAGCGGGGAAACUUCUCCUGGGGCAGUAAACUCUGCAACACGUAACGUACCUGAACGGCCAUACAAAUGUCACCAGUGCCCGAGUUCAACAUUUUCAACUCAGAGCAAUUUGCGUAAACAUUUGUCCACGAAGCAUGGGAAUCAAACUGGCAGUAGUCCCACUGGUAGUGGUAGUGAUGAACCAUCGUCUGCAGACCCCGAAGUCAGUGUUCUGACAGACUCACCUCCUCCAACAACUCCUGUGCUUGUGGCACUACCUCCAGUGCCUGAAGCAAGCACAGUAGCCACACCAGCUGUGUCACCCGCUGCACCUCCUGCUGUGACUGUAGAGGAAGCCUCACCUACAGUGGUGCCCUGCAUUGUACCCAGCAGAUUAUCUUCACAACUAAAUCAAACUCCUGCAGCUGUGGACACAUUGCCAUCUUCUGAGCUGCCAUUCAAGUGUCACUUAUGUGAUGGGAGUUACGCAGAAAGGCAAGAUGCACUCAAUCACAUACAAGAAUGCCAUACUGCUGAAUUUGAACUACUUGUAAUGAAAGGUGCCCUUGAAGCUGCUGAAGACAAUAACAACAUCAGUAACAGUGGAGCAAUGGGUGUUGUUAAGGAAGAAGGAAACCAUACGCAUGUGGCACAACACAAUCCAGAGGAAGGGAUGGAAUCAGCCAGAGGAAAAUUUCCAGAUUAUGCCAACCGGAAGGUGAUGUGUGCUUUCUGUAUGCGACGUUUUUGGUCAGCAGAGGAUUUGCGCCGUCAUAUGCGUACACAUACUGGUGAGAGGCCGUUCUCUUGUGAUGUCUGUCGCCGGCGUUUCACAUUGAAACACAGUAUGCUUCGACACCGCAAAAAACAUGGAGGCUGUGCAGCAGCUAGUGUGACACCACUUGUGACUGAAAGUGAUGGAUGUGUAACUGUGACUGAUAACAACAGCCCCCCGGGAAACAACAACAACAACAACAGUAGUAGCAACAACAACAACAUCAAUAGUAACAACAAUAAUGAUGAUGCUACCACACCGUCAGUUGUUAAAGGUCGGGGUGAAUCAGAAGAUGCGUCAGAUCUCAUAGGUAAUCUGCUUGGCAUCCAGGACCGUUCUAUCAUAGACAAAGCUCUCCAGGCUCGAUCAGCCGAUGAUGCGGCAAAACUUCUUGGUGUCAAACAAUGAAAGAGUUUCUC